AUGCAGAAGCUCCAAGGCCUUUUCCCGGAGUGGCGUCGCCUUCUGCAGACGGAGAACACCGCCCGCUCGGAACGCUUCAAGGAGUUGCACUCCGAGCUCGCAGGUGAGCUAGAGCAGCUGAGCCUGGACUUGGAUGAUAUACAUGCCACAAUCAGCAUGGUCGAAGGCAACCGUGGCACCUUCCAGAUCAGCGAUGCAGAGCUGGCAAGCCGCCGGCGCUUCGUGACGGAGUCGCGUCAAACACUCGAGCAACUUCAGAAGGACAUGCGCGGGCCACAGACGCGGGCAAAGCUGGAAAGCGACCAGAAGGCACUGCUUUCCAGUGCAGCCUCUAGCGCACGUGCCAGAGAGGAGCGACAAAGCCGAGCCGUGCAGGACAACCAGGCCUUCCUUGACAGGCAGAGACAGCAACAAGCUCAGCUCAUGGCAAGGCAAGACGAGGACCUGACCGAGCUGUCGCUGAGUGCGCAGAGGUUGGGCAACACAGCUCAGAUUCUGAAUGUUGAGCUCAAGGAGCAGCAGAAGCUUCUCGAGGAGCUGGACGAGGAUAUUGACAAAGAAGCCGAGAAACUGAACUUUGUCAUGAAGCGCAUGGGGAAGCUUCUCAAAACAAGCGACAGCAAGCAGCUUUGCCUGAUUAUCGGGCUCAGUUGUUUGGUCGCUUUCCUGCUUUUCCUUCUCAUCAACACCUGA